UUAACUUAUUAUGGUUUUAAUGCCCAAAGAAAAAAUAAAAUAAACCCAACAUUUUCACUCUUCAUCUCUCCUUCCUUCUUUUCUGCAAAAACAUCAUCAAAUUCAAAGGAUUUAGAACUUUCUCUCACCUUCUUUCUCUCUCGACCAUCAUCUUCAUUCUAACCCAUCAUUACCAAUGAUUUUCACAACAAAAAUUCCAUCGUUCCCAUCUUUCGUUUGCCCUUGUUCUUCUUACACAAACCCUCCUAAUAAUUUCAAUGACCCACCUCUUAAAUCCCCUCUUUUUUCCCUUAAACCCUUAAAAUUUUCAUAUUUCCCCAUCAAAAUCUCUAAUCCCCAUAAAAAUUCUGCCUUAAAAUUCAAAUCAUUUUGCCUAUUAAAUUCAAACCCAGAUGGAAAUUUCGAUAAUCCAUCCAUUUCUUCAUCUGGGCUUGUUUCUACUAGGCUAUCGAAGCUGGUUUCUGAGUUUAGGUCGCUUCCGGAACCGAUUGAUAGGGUUAAGAGGCUUCUAGAUUACGCCUCUGGUCUUCCCCAAAUUGGUGAGUCGACGCGGUUGCCGGAGAACCGAGUUCCGGGCUGUGCUGCACUGGUGUGGUUGAAUGUUUGGAUGGAUGAAAUGGGAAGAAUGAGAUUUGGGGCGGAUAGUGAUUCCGAAAUUACCAAAGGAUUUUGUUCUUGUUUGAUCUUUUUGCUUGAUGGUGCUUUCCCAGAAGAUGUGUUGAAGGUGGAAGCAGAGGACUUGGCUGACAUGAACGUUGGCCUUCCAGUCCGUUCAAGAGUGAAUAGUUGGCAUAAUGUGUUGAUAAGUAUGCAGGAGAGAACUAAGAGUUUCCUUGUAGAGAAAGACGAGGAAGUUGGCCAAUUGGAUACGUUAAAUACUUUUCUUCCUAUAGUUGUCCCUGCUGAUAGUGUUGUUGCUAAAGGGAAGGUUUGUGUACCGUAAUCAUUGAUAAAAUGACUAAGAAGAGAAGGUUGUUCACACAUAAACCUUGUGAAACUAUAAAGGCAGUCUUAGUUAACUGUUCGAUUAUCCUGGGAGGAGCUGAUGUUUGUGUAAGUAAUCAUGAUUAGUGUAGAUCUAAUCAGAAGCAAGUUGUUUUGAUCUGAUUCUGAUGUAUUUUAGGUUUAGAAGAUGUAUACAUUGUACUAUGAUCAUAGAUUGUAAAUUGACAGGAUGUUUUCAUACUUGUCUUUGCAUCUUAUUCAUAUUUUAUCCCCGUUAUUUGGCUUUA